UGCUGCAUUGUGCCAGAAGGAAAAGGUUUCAGGAGAAUGUAUGUAAAUGGGUAUAAAGGCAUGGAAAAAAAGAUCAGUGAACAUGUGCAUGCCCUGACUGUCCACCUGGAACAACAAUCAGAAAACUGGAGUGAUGUAAUAUGUGAAACAACCAAAGGAGACAUCAGUGGAGCCAGUUUUCACGCUGGCUACCCCCUGGUGACAGUGAUCUUCAGUGUGAAACCCGGGAUCUGGAAUCUGUCGAUUGUUUUUGGAAUAUAGGAAGGAAAAUGGAGGAACUUGCCAUAGUCAGAAGAAAAUACCAGCUUCAUGGAAGCCCAUGCAACAUUGGACCAAUGCAUCAAUUGGGUAAAUGCUCGCAAAAAGUGGAGCUGGAUGCUGCUGAGAGGAACUGGACCUUAACAGUCACUAAUCCUCUGGGAAAGCUCGAGCUCCAUGACAGGGUGGACCUGACCAAAAGAGUGCACAUGGUUGCUCCAGACAAAGUGGCAGCUUCAACUGUGAACCCCAGAAACAUCAGUCUGAAAUGGAGCUGGACUGUGCAGAAGUACAGUAAUCUCAACAUCACAUGCCAAGUACAUGUCAGUGAUGGAAACUCUAAUACCAAAGUUUACCAGACUGAAAGCAUUGGAGUUGGCCUCACAGCUGCAGUCAUCAAGGACUUGAUACCACACUGGGACUAUGACGUGAGGGUCCGAUGUGGAACAUCACAGCAUUUCUGGAAAUGGGGUGACUGGAGCAAUAGUGUCAAAAUCCGCACGAAGGGUGAUGUUCCAGAUGCUCUUGACGUGUGGAUGAAGGUGAAGGAAGACCAGACUGUAAUCUCCUGGAAGGUGCCACUGACCAAUCAGAGCCAUGGAGAAAUCUUUGACUACAAAGUGUCCUGGGCAAAGACCAAAGACAAAAAUCAGUCAAACCAAACCAACGUGUCCAGAAGCAAUCACAGUCUUACACUCACGCUGGACCCCAGUGAGGAGUACAUGGUCACUGUCACGGCUAGAAACAUAAACGGCAGCUCAUCACCAUCGACCAUCAUCAUCCCCCGCUGCAAUCUAGAUACAUCCGAGGUGAAGACCUCCUGGAUCAGUGGCAGCAAUGGUAGCUUCUUCCUGUCCUGGCCUGAUAGUCCUAACGCCAGCUGUGGCUACAUAGUGGACUGGUGUCCAGUCUUCGGUAAUUGCACCUUCGAGUGGAUGAAAGUGUCUCCCAACAGAACUCAUACCACAGUUUUUUCAAAGAACUUUGAAGAUGGUCGGAGAUACCUGCUGUCCAUAUACGCCUGCACUGAGGGAGCUGCGGUGCUACUACAGAGAAGAGAGGGCUACAUCAGAGAGACCAAAAUAGGAGUCAAGCUGUUUAAACUCAAAUACAAACAGGAAGACUCGGCUGUUGAGGUAUCCUGGGAGCCCAUACCUCUGGAAAAGCAGACUGCUUCCAUCCAGGGAUAUAUUCUCUACUACCAGGACAAGAGCGGGAAUGUUUUCAACAUGAGCACAGAUGAUCCUGAAGCCACCAGCCUCACUGCAAAGAACCUGAACAUCAGUAUGUACACCUUCACGGUGACAGCAUCAACAGCAUUUGGACUUUGUGGUAAUUCAUCCAUCAAUGUCACCUUGAAUCCCCCGGCUGAUCAACUGAUAAUGCUGAUCUUGAUAUCCCUGGGAGCAGUUUUCCUUAUUCUGUCUGUCAGCACAAUUAUCUGCUCCAGACAAUGGGCAUGGUAAGCAAUGCACAUUUAUUUUCUGUGAAAUUUGCCACUUUUG